GUGAUUUGUUUAUAUCAUGACUGAUGAAGAAUCAAUUGAUUUGAUUGCUUCAAAAAUUCAUCUUCUACAAAGAUCCCAAUUUAUUAAUCUACCAUUGUUACCAUUAUUACUAUUAUCGGAUUUUAAUUCAUCAUCAAUUCAGAAUAACUUAUCAACCUCUAAAAAUUAUGCAAAUCCUCCUCCUACAAGUUUUACUAUGAAUAGUAAUAAAGAUGUGGAGAAAAACAAAUCUUCACUAAGAAAUUCCAAUCAUACAAAUGAUUGGUCUAGAUUAAAUAAUGUGUCUGAUACAAAGGAACGUAGUUUCUUUCGACGUUUACUUAUGUCCUAUUGGUGUCCUAGACCUAUAAAUGGAGCUCAAAUGUUACUCGAAGAAUUAAAAUAUUCAUAUUGUUUCUCUACUGGAAUUGACAACUUGGACAAUCUACUUAAUGGAGGUUUAAGAACCAGUGAAAUUACAGAAAUAAUCGGUAAAUCUUCUUGUGGGAAAACUCAAUUCUGCCUUUCUGUAUGUGCUUCUGUACUUCGAAAUUAUAAAACUGUGUCCAUCAUCUAUUUGGAUACGAAGGGUGAUUUUAUUGCAGAUAGAUUACUAGAAUAUCUUAAAAAGCAAAAUCUCAAACACGCUAAUGUGCCGACGAAUGCAGCAACAAAAGAUGAAUAUGGAACUUCCAAUGUUCCAAACCAUGAUAUCAAACAAUGUCUCACUAGGAUUCGUUGUUGUUUAGUACCAACAUUUGGCCAUCUCAUUGAUUCACUAAUAACCAUACGAAUGCAUAUAGAUAAAUCACAACGUCAUCUACAUAGUUUAUCCACUCCUACUGAAGAAUUUUUCUCAAAUUGUAAACUUAUUAUUAUAGAUAGUUUAACAAUGCCAUUUUUAUCGUGUAUGUCCACUUUACCACAAUUGGGUAUAUCACAGCUUGCUCUUAUUAUAUCUGAACUACAACGUUUAUCUACAUUAUAUCAUUGUACUAUCUUAGUUACUAAUCAUGCACGAUCUCAAUUUAUUAAUUUUUUAAAUAAAGAACAAUUUAAUCGAAAUUCAUGUUCAUUACCACCAACUUCAAUUGGUUGCCUUGGUAUCAAUUGGUCAUUAAUACCGAAUCAUCGUGUUUUGUUUGAAUGUUUAACACCAUGGACAAACUCUCUAUCUUGUAAAAUUAAAGUUCAAUUAGUAAAUAAUAAUUUACAUAAAAUAAAUAAACAAACAAAUCAUUGUAAUAAACAUCAACGUAAUUCUGAAACAGUUUGGGAAUUUACUGUGUAAUGUAUACUCCAACUUAUAUGAGAAGAUGAUAUAAACAGGUACAGUCUGUUUGUUAUAACCAUAAACUUGGUUGUUUGUUUAUUUAGUUUAUUGACAAUUUUGACCUUUGCUCUUUCAUAUUUUAUCAAAAACUUCAACUUUUCUACUAAUACUAAUGAAAAACUCAAUACUAUUGUAAUGUAAGCUACUUAUAUCGGUAUAAGUAGUAUAAAACUAGAGUCAAAAAUAGAAUAUACUUCAUGUAGAAGACGGAUAUUUACCAAAGGAACCAUUAACUUUCAGACAAUUGAUUGAUAUUUUGCAAAUUAAGUAUUUACUAUAUAGUUCUCAGAUUUUAGUAAGAUAUUCUGUAAUUUUAUACUCAAUUACAUUCAAUUGCACCCUCUCUUGUUCUCCUUCACUACACUGUCGAUUAAUUUGUUCCUUUGUUUCAUUCACUGUUCAGUUUCGUGUUAUGAACUAGUUGGACUAGGAUAAAUGUCAAUGAUAUUUUCAAAAUAAGAAAAUUUGGUUCAGAGAAGACUUCUC